GUAAACUUUAUGAGCGAAAAAAAAUUUCGGUUUACAUAGAAGGGAAAGGCUAGUGGGAAGAAAUGGCUGGGAUUGCAUCUACUCUGGCCAAAAAGAGGGCAUUGGCCGCAGGCUUUGGUACCAACGCUAAUGCGGUCAAAUACAUGAACCAGGACUUUGAGGCGCUCAGAAGUCAGUGUUUGAGCCAAGGUGGACUCUUUUCGGAUCCAACUUUCCCAGCCGCGCCCCAGUCUUUGGGCUUCAACGAGCUUGGACCAAGCUCGUAUAAAACCAGAGGAGUCCAAUGGAAGAGACCCGGAGAGUUGUGCUCAAGGCCAGAGUUCAUUGUUGGAGGGGCCACCAGAACUGACAUCUGUCAAGGAGCUCUAGGUGACUGCUGGCUCCUGGCAGCCAUUGCCUCUUUGACACUGAAUGAAGAUGUGCUGGCCAGAGUUGUCCCCAGUGGACAGGGCUUUGGGGACAACUAUGCUGGCAUCUUUCACUUUCAGUUUUGGCAGUUUGGUGAGUGGGUGGAUGUGGUCAUUGACGACAGGCUGCCCACCAAAGAUGGAGAGCUGCUGUUUGUCCACUCGGCCGAGGGCUCAGAGUUCUGGAGCGCCUUGCUGGAGAAGGCCUAUGCCAAGGUGAACGGAUGCUAUGAGGCUCUUUCUGGAGGAUCUACCACUGAGGGGUUCGAGGACUUCACUGGUGGGAUUGCGGAGAGCUACGAGCUGAGGAAGGCCCCCUCCAACAUGUUCCAAAUCAUUAGAAAAGCCCUGGACUCGGGCGCACUGCUGGGCUGUUCCAUUGAUAUCACCAGCGCUGCAGAUUCUGAAGCUGUCACACGUCAGAAGCUGGUGAAGGGGCAUGCGUACUCCUUGACUGGUGCUGUAGAGGUGAACUAUCGUGGACGCAAGGAGAAGUUAGUCAGAGUUCGAAAUCCAUGGGGUCAAGUGGAGUGGACAGGGGCAUGGAGUGACAACUCCACUGAGUGGAACUAUGUUGAUGCCUCAGACCGUCAGAAUGUCAAAGCAGAUGAUGGAGAGUUCUGGAUGUCAUUCCAAGACUUUCUGAGCCAUUACUCUCGCCUGGAGAUCUGCACUCUGACCCCAGACACCCUGACGGACGACUCCUUCAAACACUGGAGCAUUUGUAAAUAUGACAGUAGCUGGAGGAAGGGCUCCACGGCCGGGGGUUGCAGGAACCACCCCCACACCUUCUGGAUGAACCCCCAGUUUGUGCUCAAGCUGGAUGAGGAGGAUGAUGACCCUGAUGACAAUGAGGUGGGCUGCAGCUUUGUGGUGGGCCUGAUCCAGAAGAACCGUCGCCGACUACGGAAAGUGGGAGAGGACAUGCACACCAUCGGCUUUGCCAUCUACGAGGUUCCAUCACAGUUUCAUGGCCAGAGGGAGGUGCACCUUGAUAAGAACUACUUCCUGACCCAUGCACAGAAGGCCCGGUCUGAGACCUUCAUCAACCUGCGUGAAGUCAGCACGCGCUUCAAGCUCCCCCCUGGAGAAUACCUCGUUGUCCCCUCCACAUUCGAGCCGCACAAGGACGGAGACUUCUGCCUGCGUGUCUUCUCUGAGAAACAGCACGAAACACAACCCUGUGAUGACCCUAUUGAUGCAACCCUGAACGAUGAGACAGUAUCUGAUGAUGAGGUUGAUGCAGGAUUUAGGGGCCUGUUUGUAAAGCUUGCAGGAGCUGACAUGGAGAUCUCUGCGGCUGAACUGAAGACUAUUUUGAAUAAAAUCGUCGCAAAACGCACUGACAUUAAAACUGAUGGCUUCAGCCUUGAAACCUGCAGAGUCAUGGUCAACCUCAUGGAUGACAGUGGAAAUGGCAAACUGGGAUUGGGAGAGUUUGCCACAUUGUGGAAGAAAGUCCAGAGGUACCUGGGUAUCUACAAGAAAAAUGACCUUGAUGGGUCUGGAACCAUGAGCACCCCUGAGAUGCGAAUGGCUUUGAAGGAAGCAGGUUUCACUUUGACCAACAACAUUCACCAGAUCCUUGUGGCUCGCUAUGCUGAGGGGGACAUGACCAUUGACUUUGACAACUUUGUGGCCUGCCUGAUGCGUCUGGAGAUGAUGUUCAAAGUCUUUAAGAAAAUAGAUAUUGAUGACAGUGGGUCCAUAGAGCUGGACUUCCAUCAGUGGCUGACAUUUGCCAUGAUCUAGAAGACCCCUGCAAGUCUUCAUCAAAAACCACUGUACAAGUUGAUAUAAGUAUAUACAUCUGUCAGUUUAACAGAACAAUAUUUUUUAUUAUUUUUAACACGUUUUGGAUUUCUCCAUUUCUGAAUGCUGCACAAUAUUGUAUGCAAGCAUUGUGGUGAAAUAACCACAGAAAUAAAAUUGCCAG